AUGGGGAAUUGCAACGCGUGCAUGAGGCCUUUGGAGCCCGAGCCACUGACACCCAAAUCCGAAACAACCCCCAAACACCGCAAAAAACACCGCGACCGCCGUCCCAACCCCUUCGCCCAGUCCCCUUCCGCGAACCGCGUGCUCAAGGACCUCGCUCCACAGGCCAGGAUCUCCGACAAGUACACGCUCGGCCGCGAGCUCGGCCGCGGCGAGUUCGGGGUCACCUACCUCUGCACCGACCGGGAGAUGCGCGAGGCCCUCGCUUGCAAGUCGAUCUCGAAGAAGAAGCUCCGGACGGCGGUGGACAUCGAGGACGUCCGGCGCGAGGUGGCGAUCCUGUCGAGCCUGCCGGAGCACGCCAACAUCGUGAAGCUUCGGGCCACGUACGAGGACGAGGAGGCGGUGCACCUGGUGAUGGAGCUCUGCGAGGGCGGGGAGCUCUUCGACAGGAUAGUGGCGCGUGGCCACUACAGCGAGCGGGCGGCGGCGGGUGUGGCGAGGACGAUUGCGGAGGUGGUGAGGAUGUGCCACCAGCACGGGGUUGUGCACAGGGAUCUGAAGCCGGAAAACUUCCUCUUCGCGAAUAAGAAGGAGAAUUCGCCGCUCAAGGUCAUCGAUUUUGGGUUGUCGGUGUUUUUCAAGCCUGGUGAAAGGUUCACAGAGAUUGUGGGUAGUCCAUACUAUAUGGCACCAGAGGUUUUGAAGAGAAAUUAUGGACCUGAAGUUGAUGUGUGGAGUGCUGGGGUGAUUCUCUAUAUUUUGUUAUGUGGUGUUCCACCAUUUUGGGCUGAAACUGAACAAGGAGUGGCACUUGCAAUUUUAAGAGGAGUGAUUGAUUUUAAGAGGGAACCAUGGCCACAGGUUUCUGAAAGUGCUAAAAGCCUUGUUAGGCAAAUGCUGGAGCAAGACCCCCAAAAGCGUUUGACAGCUCAGCAGGUACUAGAGCAUCCAUGGAUUCAAAAUGCUAAAAAGGCUCCAAAUGUUCCACUGGGAGAUAUCGUGAGGGCAAGACUCAAGCAGUUUUCUGUCAUGAACAAAUUCAAGAAGAAAGCAUUGAGGGUAAUUGCUGAACAUUUAUCCGUUCAAGAGGUUGAAGUUAUUAGAGAUAUGUUUGCGUUGAUGGAUACCGAUGAGGAUGGAAAGGUGUCAUAUGAGGAGUUAAGAGCUGGUCUGAAGAAAGUCGGUUCCCAGCUGGCGGAACCUGAGAUUAAGUUACUGAUGGAUGUGGCUGAUGUAGAUGGCAAUGGUGUGCUGGAUUAUGGGGAGUUUGUGGCGGUCACUAUCCACUUACAGAGGAUGGAGAAUGACGAACAUAUUCACCGAGCAUUUAUGUUCUUUGACCAAGAUGAAAGUGGGUACAUCGAGCUUCAUGAAUUAAGAGAAGCUUUAGUGGAUGAAUCAGGCGAAACUGAUCUUGAUGUGCUCAAUAACAUCAUGCAGGAAGUUGAUACUGAUAAGGAUGGGAGAAUUAGUUACGAAGAGUUUGUUGCAAUGAUGAAAACUGGGACCGACUGGAGAAAGGCAUCCCGACAGUACUCUAGAGAGAGAUUCAAGAGCUUGAGUGUUAACCUGAUGAAAGAUGGCUCUCUACAGCUCCAGGAUGGAUUUACAGGCCAAACUGUCGUAGUUUAG